AUACCUAUAGGCUGAAACAUCUCAGGAGCGUCGGCCGUCGGGCAAUAAACAACAAUGCAAGUCUCCGACAGUUCAGCAAGUUCAAAUGUGUUAACUCGCCGGUUCAGUCGGUUGAUACCUACCUAUGAUGGUUAUUAUUUCUCGCCAUGUUGGUUUGCUUAAUUUACAGUAAACAAGUCUAAUAACUGUUACAAACCGAUGUAAAUGCAGAGAUAGCGAAGAUAAUCGUGUUUUUUUUACGAUUAAAUACACCUUAUCAAUCAAUAUAGAAAAAGAGCAAGGGGCAAUCGUAAUAAGUGCAAAAGCAUAAAUAACACUGGUUGUGAUUAGAUAAGUCUUAGUUUGUUCUUAAAUAGAAGGUUCGAGUGGGAAAAUUUUGCAGUGUUCUCUAGAUGUCGCAAAAUGCUUGUCUACAAAGCAUUUUUGCUACUGUGUUUUUUUGUUACUUGCACGUUAGCUGCUGAAUCACCUUAUUAUUAUUUGUUUUCUGCUAUCGAUGAAAAGGAUUUGGGUGAAGGUAGUGCUCCAGUCGAGGUCAGUGUAAAAUAUGACCCUACUUGGGAUAGUCUAGAUAAAAGACCUAUACCAACUUGGUACGACGAUGUCAAGUUUGGUAUCUUCAUCCAUUGGGGAGUUUUUAGUGUUCCAAGCUUUGGCUCUGAAUGGUUUUGGAUAAAUUGGAAGACUGGAAGUAAAUCAAUCAGGCAGUUUAUGAAAGACAACUACAAGCCAGGUUUUACGUAUCAAGAAUUUGCUAAGGACUUCACUGCUGAGUUCUUCAAUGCAACAGAGUGGAGUAAAUUGUUUGAGGCCUCUGGUGCAAAAUACAUAGUUCUGACUAGCAAACAUCAUGAAGGUUACACGCUUUGGCCCUCUAAGUAUUCUUUCAGUUGGAAUUCCAUGGAUAUAGGACCUCACAGAGAUUUAGUAGGAGAAUUGGCUGAAGCAAUUAGAAGAAAUACAGAAAUAAGAUUUGGACUGUAUCACUCCUUGUAUGAAUGGUUUAAUCCAUUGUACUUGGAGGAUAAAAAGAACAAUUUUAACACUGAUAAUUUUGUGCUUAAUAAAAUUAUCCCUGAAAUGAAAGAAUUAAUCAAGCAGUAUAAACCAGAAAUACUGUGGUCUGAUGGUGAUUGGGAAGCUACAGAGGCUUACUGGAAAUCUAAAGAAUUUUUGGCUUGGCUUUAUAACGAAAGUCCUGUCAAGGAUACAGUCCUUACCAAUGAUAGAUGGGGAGUUGGUACAUCAUGCAAACAUGGAGAUUUCUACAACUGUCAAGAUCGUUAUAAUCCUGGAAUUUUACAAAAACAUAAAUGGGAGAAUUGCAUGACCAUUGAUAAAAAAUCUUGGGGAUACCGUAGAAAUGCACCACUAGAGGAAUAUUAUAGUUUGGAGGAUUUAGUGAAAGAAUUAGUUAUUACGGUCAGUACUGGAGGUAACUUUUUGAUGAACGUCGGACCUACGAAAGACGGUAUAAUUCCUGUAAUAUUCCAGGAGCGUCUUCGUGGAAUCGGAAAAUGGUUAAAAACCAAUGGUGAAGCUAUUUACAAAACCAAGCCAUGGGUGCUCCAAAAUGACACUAUACAAGAAGAUGUUUGGUAUACCCACGGCCAAAAUGGUGAUGUCUUUGCUACAUUACUCUUAUGGCCAAAAACUAACACUGUUCAUUUAAGUAAUGUUGUGAAAACUACUGAAAAAACACAAAUAUCAAUUCUUAAUAUACAGGAGCCUUUGAUUUGGAGACAAGAAUCAGAUUCUCUGAAGAUUUCUUUACCACUUGAAGCUCAUAAAGGAGAACCAGCAUGGGUGAUUCGAAUCACAAAUUUGACAAAAUAGUAAUAAGUAUCGGUGCUAUAAAUAUAAAGCUACAUUUGAGUACAUAUGCUUUUCUUCAGAAAGUAAACAUUGUACAUUCAUGAUGUGCCCAAUUUUUAUACUUAAGCACAUUACUGGUAGAGAAUUCAAAAACUCUGUAAAGAAUUAUGUAAUCAAUUAUUUUAUAUUUCUCAUAAAAAAUCUGUACACAAUCAGUACAAAAUAUAAAUUUUUAUAUAUUGAAAA